CUGCAGCUCACCUGAGGCGCAGCCCCCCCGGGCCGGAGCCCCCCUGGGUUGGGCCCGGGCGCAGGCCGCUACCUGGGCGGCGCCCCGCGUUCGUCUGGCUCGCGCUUCCCGCGGAGGCUGAAGUUUCGCGGGUUGAGUUAAACGCGGGCCCUCGGCGAAGAGGACCCACUGGGUUUUUUUCGUUCCAAGAUGGCAGCCUCCAGCCGCGCACAGGUGCUGGACCUGUACCGGGCGAUGCUGAGGGAGAGCAAGCACUUCAGCGCCUACAACUACAGAACCUAUGCCAUCAGGAGGAUAAGAGAUGCCUUCAGAGAAAAUAAGAAUGUAAAGGAUCCUGUAGAAAUCCAAGCCCUAGUGAAUAAAGCCAAAAGAGACCUUGAGAUAAUCCGCCGACAGGUCCACAUUGGCCAACUGUAUUCGACUGACAAGCUUAUCAUUGAGAAUCAAGAGAAGCCCAGGACCUAGGGAGUGGGACCCGCCACCGUGGACCACCCUUCAGCAUCCAUCCUGCUUGGCUCGGGGGCUCCGCGCAGACCACAUGUGGCCUCCUGCAUCAGCUCUAAAUAGCCCCUGGCUCUGCCCGCCCUCUGGGAUCUGACAGACUGAGCGAGGCUUCCAUUCUUCCACAGCCAGAGUGCAAGGGGCAGCCGUCUCUCCAUGGGUCCAGUGUCGAGAGGAAGAGCUGGGCUCCUCAGAAGAACGCUGUGUAUGAUUGUGUCUCCUCCACCCGCCCCUCUCGCAGCUCCUCAGCCCUUGUAGAGAGCGUUUCCAGACCUUGUUUCUUGGUCCUUGACAAUAAACAGAAUUAUCUCCUGAAAAGCCUUCUACGCCAGACA